AUGAGCAAUCUGUCACCCUUUGGCGGCGGCAAGAAUCCGCCGUGGGUCCGUAAUGCAGGUCAAGGUAUACAGAAUAUCCAGCAACAAAUGCUAGGUCAAGCCAUGGGUAGCAUUGGAGGGCAACCAAUGGUACAAUAUCAACAGCAAACUCAACAAGUGUACCAACAAAGUCUGGGACUGCAGCAGCCCAAUAUUACUAUGGCAUCAAUGGCAACUCUCGGUUCAAAUUUGCCAUCGGGUAUAGCGGGACAGUUAUAUCCACAAGUUGCUACAGUUUCUUAUCCAACGCCGCGAGCAUUGAACACAAAUGCUUUUCAACCUUCUGUGACUGGUGUUCCGCAGCAAGUGCAACAGAAUGUACCUUCAUCGUCUACAAAGCAAAGAGUUUUCACAGGCACUGUUACCAAAGUGCAUGAUAAUUUUGGCUUUGUAGAUGAAGAUGUAUUUUUUCAAACUAGUGCAUGCGUGAAGGGGUCUAAUCCUGUAGUAGGCGAUCGUGUACUCGUGGAGGCGUCAUACAAUCCUUCUAUGCCGUUCAAAUGGAAUGCCACUAGAAUACAAGUGCUCCCUAUGAGUAAUAAUAGCAACAAUGCAAAUACUCAACAAACUAAUCAAUCAAAUCGUCAACAACAACAGCAACAACAACAGCCAAAUAGAACAUCAAGCACUUACAAUGCUGUACCUCCUCCUACAGAAAAUCCCAACAACAGUAGGUUCACAACAAGUACAACAAAUUCCAACACUACCAGCAAUCGUAACAAGAUUGGUAGAGUAAGAGAAAGAUCUCCACGCGAGCGGAGAAACGAUGACGAAGAAAUAGAACGAAAGAGACGUCGCGAAGAGAGAAUAAGAGAACGCGAGAAGAAGGAGGACCGAAGCCCGUCAAGGACUAGAAGAAGCAAGUCGCCCAGACCUCGUCGGCGUACAAGAGUCGUACCGCGUUACAUGGUGCAAAUACCGAAAAUCGCACUUGACCUGCCUGAAGCAGAUGUUCUUGAGAUAAGAAGACGCUAUCAAAAUAUGUACAUUCCUAGCGACUUCUUUUCAACUAACUUCAGAUGGGUCGAUGCCUUUCCACCACAUAUGCCAUUUACCCUUAAUAAACCAUGCUCCUUUCAUGUUACGCAUAAAGAUGUCGAUCCGUGUAUUGAAAAUACAGCAGUACUAGAACCCUCGGAUGCUGAUUACCUGUUCUCUGCAAAGGUCAUGCUCAUAUCAAUGCCUGCCAUGGAAGAAAUAUACAAAAGAUGUUGUGGCGUCUCCGAAGAUAGAGAUCCCGAUCGCGAUUACGUUCAUCCUACGCGCCUUAUAAAUUUCUUAGUAGGCUUAAGGGGCAAAAAUGAAACAAUGGCUAUAGGUGGGCCAUGGAGUCCCUCAUUAGACGGGCCUAAUCCUGAAAAAGAUCCGUCUGUAUUAAUCAGGACGGCCGUGAGGACCUGUAAAGCGCUUACUGGCAUAGAUUUAUCCAGCUGCACUCAGUGGUACCGCUUCCUGGAACUCUACUACAGACGCGCAGAAACGACCCACAAGUCCGGGCGAGUGGUACCCUCUCGCGUUGAAACCGUCAUACUAUUUCUCCCAGAUGUUUGGAGCUGUGUACCUACCAGAUUGGAAUGGGACGGGCUACAACUCAACUAUAAGAAACAACUGGAGCGAAAAUUGCUGCGUGCCUCUUCUAACACCGACGAUUUGGAUGCUGCCAAUGAGACUGAUGAGGCUGCCGUCGCUGAUCAAAAGGACGAUUCUAUGCCUGAGAAGAAAGAUCCUACGCAUUACUCCGAGCUAGAUCCGAAAUCGAUGAACGUGAAUGAAUUACGUCAAGAACUGGCAGCUCGUAAUUUGAGCUCAAAAGGCUUAAAGUCACAAUUGCUAGCAAGACUUUUGAAAGCUGUAAAGUCGGAACAGGCCAAAGAGGAAGGUCGGCAAGAUGAAGAUGACAAUGAAGAGGCUGUCUCGCCGCCAUCAAAGGAAGAGGACGAUAAAAAAUUCAGAGAUGGCAAAGAUCAUGAUGAAGAUAAGAGAAAGCUCUAUGAACGUGAACGUGCUGUACUUGAGAAGAGGUAUACGUUGCCUGAUUCAUCGCAUAUUAUCGUUCAUCCGUCUAGAAUGGCCAAGAGUGGGAAAUUCGACUGCACAGUUAUGUCUUUAAGCGUAUUAUUGGACUAUAGACCAGAAGAUACCAAGGAGCAUUCUUUUGAAGUAUCUCUCUUUGCUGAACUGUUCAAUGAAAUGUUGAUGCGAGAUUUCGGCUUCCGCAUCUAUCGUGCGUUGUCCAGUCUCCCCGAAAAAGUUAAAGAGAAAGAUGAAGAUAAGAAGAAAGAUAAGAAGGAUGAUAAGAGAGAUGAUAAGAAAGAUGAUAAAAGGAAAGAAGAUGAGAAGAAAUCUAAUAAGAAAGAUGAAAAACGCGACAUGAAGAGAGAAGAAGCCAAAGAUAAGAAAGAUGAUAAAGACGCAAGAAGUAAAAUAGAUGACAAAGACAAAGAAAAGGAUAAAAAUGAUGAUGAAGAGGAAGAUGAAGAAGAUGAGUCUGAUGAUGACGAUUCUGUGAAAGAUGGUAGAAGGGACAGAGACAAAGAUGGAAAGAAAAGAAAAACAAAACUAUACACAUACGAUCCUUAUCUUCUGCUAUCAUUUGUGUAUUUUGAUCAGACACAUUGCGGAUAUAUAUUUGAUAAAGACAUAGAAGAACUUAUUUACACUCUAGGAUUGAAUUUAUCAAGAGCUCAAGUACGAAAACUCGUACAAAAGGUUGUUACAAGAGAUUCUUUACAUUAUCGCAAAUUAACAGAUAAAUCGAAAGAAGAUGAUUUAAAGGAUGAGAAGAAAGACGAUAAGGAAAACGAUAGAGGUGAAUCGGCCAAAGCUGAGAAUGAGGAAGAUAUAUUACGUUCACUUGCCCUCGGAAAUAAAAAAUUAUUACCUGUAUUUGUUGGAAGCGGACCGCCUUCAAAAAGGGCGCGAAGAGAAGACUGCAUCUUGGAAAAAAAUGAUGAAGAAACUAUUCCAGAAGGUAUUGUUUUAUACAAAGGCUCCUUAUUGGAUGUAGAAAAACUCGUUGGUCAAUUGAAAAGAUCUGAGAAAGCACGUUUAGACACUGAAAAUCGCAUGAUGGAAAUUCAACAUGAACUAACUAUAGUCAAUGAAAAAUCCAUAAAACAAACCAAUAAUAUUAAAAGUCUUUCGGAAGAUCUAAAAAUGUACAAAGAUAAAUUGCGAAGCACAGAAGAAAAGCUCAAGAAGGUUUCUACCGAUUGCCACAGUUAUCUAACUGCAGUAAAAAAUAUAUAUCACAUAGCAGCAAAAAUGAUGCAAAAUGAUACAAGAAAGGUAGAGAUAGUAGAAAUUCAAGAUGAAAAAGUUGGCAGUGAAAUAAAUGGUUCAGAGAUGGAAAACAAAUUUAAAACUGAUACGAGGUGGGGAGAUAACAAAGUUCAAGUGAAAAAGGAACCCACAGACAUGGACAAAGAUAAGAAAUCUGACAAUAAAAUUUCUGUCAAAAAGGAGAUUACCGAAAUGGACAAAGAGAAGAAAUAAAAGCACAUCUAUUUAUUAUAGUAUGCACUGACACGAAUAAAAGUUUGAUCUUAUUUUUUACUUUCACGUGUAUGUGCAUGUGCAUAUGACAUGUAAAAAAAAAAAGCAAAGAAAAAACUAACAAAAAAUUUAUGCUACAUGAAACUAUCAAAAGAAGACUACAUUUUAUAACUUUUUUCACUCAAUGAUAAUGUGUGAUGGCAUCUUUAAUUAGUAAUAAGAGAAGCACUAAAAAUCAUGCAUAACAACAUUUAUCAUUGUUAAAUUAUCUUUCGUUAAA